AAACUUAUUGAACCUGUAACUUAUUUUUGUUUGAUGUGAAUAGAACAUUUCACAUGAGAACGAGUCCAAGAACCAAAAUCAAACACCGCAUCUGAUUCUGAAGUGUUCACUAUUAAUAGCAUCCCAUCAUCUUCAUCGUCUCUCUUCCUCCUAAAAUCUUCAGUUUGAAUCUUCAUUUUCUAACCUACUUUCCGUACUCGAUAAUCAAACUAGAAGGAUCAACGAUGGCGUCGAGAAAGAUGCUAAUUGGCGGGGAAGAUAACCAUUCUACUGUCGAAGAUGACGCCGCGAAUUACGAUUUCGAUUUGUUCGUUAUCGGUGCCGGAAGCGGCGGUGUUCGUGCUGCUCGAUUUUCUGCAAAUUUGGGUGCUAAGGUUGGAAUUUGCGAGCUUCCAUUUCAUCCCAUAAGUUCGGAGGUUAUAGGAGGAGUUGGUGGAACAUGUGUAAUUCGCGGGUGUGUUCCCAAAAAGAUUUUGGUGUAUGGAGCCUCUUUUGGUGGUGAACUUGAGGAUGCAAAAAAUUAUGGUUGGGAGUUGAAUGAGAAGAUUGAUUUCAACUGGAAAAAGCUGUUGCAAAAGAAGACAGAUGAGAUUAUCAGACUCAAUAACAUUUACAAACGGUUGCUGUCAAAUGCUGGGGUCAAACUAUACGAAGGCGAGGGAAAGAUAGUUGGUCCUAAUGAGGUCCAAGUGACGCAGCUAGAUGGUACAAAGUUGUCAUACUCAGCAAAACAUAUAUUGAUUGCAACAGGAAGCCGGGCGCAACGUCCCAAUAUUCCUGGGCAGGAAUUGGCCAUAACUUCUGACGAGGCUUUAAGUUUGGAGGAAUUUCCCAAACGCGUUGUCAUACUUGGAGGAGGGUACAUAUCUGUUGAAUUUGCUUCUAUAUGGCGUGGGAUGGGUGCCGAUGUGAAUCUUUGCUUCAGAAAGGAACUUCCUUUGAGAGGCUUUGAUGAUGAAAUGAGGGCUGCAGUCGCUAGAAAUCUGGAAGGUCGGGGAGUUAAUGUGCAUCCAAGGACAACGCUGACAGAGCUGGUAAAAACUGAUGGCGGUGUUGUAGCUCGUACCGAUCAUGGGGAAGAGAUUGAAGCAGAUGUUGUACUCUUUGCUACUGGGCGUUCUCCUAACACAAAAAGGCUGAAUCUGGAAGCUUUAGGUGUAGAACUUGACCGAACAGGAGCUGUCAAGGUUGACGAGUAUUCAAGAACGAGUGUACCUAGCAUAUGGGCUAUUGGUGAUGUUACUAAUCGAAUGAACCUUACUCCUGUGGCUUUGAUGGAAGGAACUUGUUUCGCUAAAACUGUAUUUGGGGGCCAGAAUAGCAAACCGGAUUACAGCAAUAUAGCAUGUGCCGUCUUCAGCAUACCUCCUCUAGCCGUGGUGGGCCUAAGUGAAGAACAAGCUAUAGAGCAAGCAAGUGGUGAUAUUUUGGUCUUCACGUCAUCAUUCAACCCAAUGAAAAAUACUAUUUCUGGACGACAAGAAAAGACUAUUAUGAAGCUUGUUGUUGAUGCUGAGACAGAUAAAGUGCUUGGAGCAUCCAUGUGUGGCCCAGAUGCAGCUGAAAUUAUGCAGGGAAUUGCUAUAGCACUGAAAUUUGGAGCAACAAAGGCACAAUUUGAUAGUACGGUGGGAAUACAUCCUUCUGCAGCCGAAGAGUUUGUGACAAUGAGGGAACCAUCAAGACGUGUCCCUGGUGCUGGCAAGCCCAAGACCAAUCUUUGAGCUUGAAUUAUAUACUCACGACCAUAUCUCAAGAGUGUUAUACGAAUAAAUAGACCAUUGAGAAAACCUAUAUUGUAUAUUGUAUAUUGUAUACUGUGACGCCUGGUAGGUCAACCUUUGCAAACCUUUUUUACUCGCUAUUUUUUCUGUUCGACCUAAGGAUUAUGUUUGGAAAUUUUGUCAUCUUGGGAAAUAUGCAAUUACACAGGAGAGCUACCUAAUCUCAUAGGAAUCAUAGAUACUGCCCAAUAAAUACAGUAGGCUUGUACAUACUAUUGAUGUUUUUCUUUAAAACAUACCCCGUACUACGUAGUAUUAUGUUUUAUGUUCUCUUUAUACUA